CGCCGCCCAAGUCGUCGUCGUCGGCCAGCGAGGCCCGCCUGCGCCUGCAGGUCCCCGGCGUCGGCAACGUGCAAAAGACGUUUGCCGCCGAGGCCACGCUCUUCGAGGUGGCGCAGUCGAUCGAGUCGGAGCACGGCGUCACCGUCGCCAAGCUCGAGAUGACCUUCCCGCGCAAGGUGUUUGAGGGAGCUAUGGACUUUGGCAAGACCCUGCGGGAGGCCGGCCUUGUGCCCAGUGCCGUGCUUCGAGUGCUGUGA